UAUGAUCUUAUCACCCCUGUGCAGACUUACUAGGGGCAGAUAUGUAGCAGGGUCAUGUUUAUAAAGCCUGUAGUGUGCACUUAUAAUUCUAAUGAUGGGAAAACCCACAAUUUCCUUAGUUUAAUCCUUUAAGGACCACAGCACUUUUCCAUUUUCUGACCAUUUGGGACCAAGGCUAUUUUUACAUUUUUGCUAUGUUUGUGUUUAGCUGUAAUUUUCCUCUUACUCAUUUACUGUACCCCCACAUAUUACACAGCAGUUAAGGUGUUAAUUUUAGCUUUAGUGUAGGGAUCAGCCUCCCACCUGACACAUCCUGACCCCCCUCAAACAGCUUCCUUCCCUUCCCCACCCCACAAUUGUCACCGCCAUCUUAAGUACUGGCAGAGAGCAGGCACAUCUAGGAGAGGGACAGAGGGUGCACAUGGGGACAGAAGAGGGGAGAAGGGAAAGGAUAGGGAGGAACCCACACCAGGAACAUCACAGGGAGAAAGUCAAGUGUCCAUGGAGGAUGAGAGGCUGAGAUGUCCCAACUUCUCAUUUGCUGAAAAUGUUGACCUUGUCCAGGCCAUCAUGGACAAUUACAGUGACCUCUUCGGGCAGGAGAAGGGCAAAGGCAUUGCCAAAAAGAGAAAAACGGCAUGGUUGGUGGUAGAGGAUGCCGUCAACAGUGUGGCCCUGCAAAGGAGGACUGUUGAGGGCCUUAAAAAAUGCUAGAAUUACUACAAGAGGCAGGUCAAAGAAAAGAUGGGGCAGGCAGCUAUGCACCAGAAGAGAACAGGAGAUGAUACGCAGGUCCCUGAGUAUCACAGCAGUCUGUGGACUUCCAGGGGCUCAUGACUCAGGGGCUGCAACCACAGCACAUCAUGCUGAACCUCCUGUUACGAGGAUACAAAUAUCCAUGCCUCCACCACCACCAGUCUUCAGGUAACCGCAAGAACAGUAUGCUCCCAGGCAUGAGCAUGGUUGGAUGGCUCAGUUAAGGACUUGGGAGUGAUGCCACCACCAUUGCCAUAUGACCCCUGGCAAGAUUCCUGGCCAGAGGAAUAGCCUCCCUUUGGCUUUGAGGGGGAGCCAAGACAGCCACAAAGGGUCCAUGUUUUUACCCCCCCCCCCCACAAGACAAUCUCAUGGCAGUCAUGGAUUUUACCCACAGACUAUGUCACAAGAAGUGCCAAUUGGACAGGCUGAGUUGUCACACACUGGUCAUCAGUGGGACUAUCAAUCAACCAUGAGAGCUCCACCAUCCUCAUCACGUGGACGAGCUCCACCAUCUGCAGAUGGAAAUAUAGCAGAAACUACAGCUGCACCUCAAGCACCAUCAGAUGCAGCUGAACUUGCACCACAAGAACCAUUGGUUGCAGCUGAACCUGCCCCACAAGAACCAGCAGAUGUAGCUGAACCUGCCCCACAAGAACCAGCAGAUGUAGCUGAACCUGCCCCUCAAGAACCAGCAGAUGUAGCUGAACCUGCCCCACAAGAACCAGCAGAUGUAGCUGACCCUGCACCUCAAGCACCAGCAGAUGCAGGUGACCCUGCCCCACAAGCAACUAGAAGCCCUGCUGCUCAAGAGCCUGUGGAUGCAUUGUAUUCUCCCCUGGGUGAGGAAUACAUUGCACUCCAGAGGAGGCUCAUAACAAGCCCCGAGAGCAUGCAAAGAGGCCAAGAGAGGUUCUUCAGGAACCAAGAAAGGUUCAUCAUCGUUAAGUGCAAGUGUUCAGAACCAGUCACAGAUUAUGUGAAUUCUGUCUGAUACAAAGAUGUAAAUGGACAAUAGAUUGAGAGAACAAAAUCAACUCUUGGGUGUGUUGGUUGAGCACUUUACACACCAGCAGGACACUGCCUCCAGCCUAUCAUCUGUGGCCAGCACACCAGCAGAAACACCAGAAUCUUCUCAAACCAGGAGAACAAGGAAAUCCACUACAGGCACCUCAGCUCCCUCAUCCAAGAAGCAAAAAAAAUAAAUAAUAUUCUUAUAGUUCACCAUAAA